AUGACAAACGUUGUGAACAACGUCGUUCCUGUAACGAAAGAGAGUUUCUCCCUUCUUCUGCGCGAAAGAAAAUUGCAAAGACAGUUAACCGAAGCCAACGCAAGUGAAGUCGGUCCCGUUAAAAAUGCAGUUCACGGUGAUAAAAAUGAAAAGGAUAUUAUAGGAAAAGCAGCUAAAAAACUCCCCAAGGGAUGCACCGAGCCAGAUAUCAACAAGGAUUCAAAGAAAGAAGCAUUGUUAAAUAACGUGGACAUCUCCGGAAAAGUUCGACUAAGUCAAAAGGAAGCAUUCAUCGCAUGUUACCAUUCCUUUAAUUGUAUGAAGAUAGAUUACUAUAAAAUGAUUGAGUAUUUAAAAAAGUGGUUUUAUAAGCGUACCUUAAAAUGUGGAAUACCGAACGAGACGGUGAUUAAUCUCUGGGAAGGAUACAGCACGGGACUAUUUGAUGAUCUGAAUGAGAUGGAAGAAUUCUGCAUCGAAAGCAUCUACGAUUUUGUAGAAAAUGCAACGAGUGGAAGCCUCACCAGGGCCGAAUAUGAUGAAUUCACUAAUAACCUUAGAAAUAUAUGCAGACGUUUCACAAAAAUAACGGAAAAGAAAUUGUAA